AAGUAAAAGGAAUUUGUCAGUUUGCUUUCAGCGUUCAUGUGUAACGGUUGUGAGGCAGUUUAGUGGUGCUGGCGAUAAAAAGUUGAUCCGCGCGAAUUUGGGCUUUGGAAGGGACCUCCAGACGUGCAGAAGUGGGAGCAUUUAAGAAAGUUUUCGUGUCGCGAUCUGCGGAUGCGGAUGUGUUGCUGUUGUGUUUCUUGAUUCUCGUCUCGUCGCACUGCCGGCUGCUGGGGCGUGUGAGAGUGUGUUCACAGAAGGGAGAAGAAGUGUUUAUACGGCCGGACCGGUGGGCCUUGUCCCGCGUGUACCUACUUGAAUCGGCGGGUGUAAAUUUUUGUGGUUUCGCUAAAAUAUCAAAGAAGCUCGGUGUGAAGCAGGAGCAAAGGAAAACGGUACCCGCUACUCUGAAGAAGUGAUCAUUCGUGGCCGAGCCCAGCACCGCCCAGCAAAGUGAAACCUAGGUGUACAUGUUCGAGUUGAUGGGCCUGAUGGAAUUGUAGAUUGUGUGGAUCUAGCCGAAGAAGACAACCGCCAAAGGGCGAAAGAAGCGGAGUGCUAGUGCUACUUUCUGAGUGCCCUUAAGCGAUAGUGGGAAGAUUGCAACGUGUUCUGGAUAACUUGAUGUCCUAAAAAGAGUUCAACAGGUUGAUAUCGGAUUACAGUCUGGAACUUUGAAUUACCUGAUAAUAGAUGACUUAAUUGGAUGAGAACCGGAAUCACAAAAAAUUAUUCCGUGAAUGACCGUGCAGAACUAGCGAAACUUUUUCCCAACAAAUCACUAACGAAGAAACCGUGUACUUAUCCUCAAGUUUUCUCAAAGUUAAUUUCCCCUUCCGUUUGGCACGCCGGAGAGGAUUAAGCAACCGAAACCGAACACAGCGAAGAACAAUCAAAAUCGAAUAAAUCUCGUCGUGUUCCUUCGGUUCUUUUGAAAAGUGGAAACGUUCUCUUGCGAGUGUUUGAAUUGUGUAAGGAAGCGGAAAUAGAAUUGCUUCUCCACUUUUUCUUCGAGGGGGCUAGAGUUGGAAAACUUGUGAAAAUCAGUGAACGAGCUGGAACGAAGCUGGAACGCUCGCGUACGAAGAGCGGAAGGAAAUUAAAACUAAACAAACCUGAUGAAGGUGCAGAAGUAGUGGCGGUAGCUGGUGUGUAGACGUUGGUGUCUGCAACGGAAUCAAAUCGAAAGAUAAGUGGCAAAGGAAGACACUGACAACGACUGCCGACUGUUUUAGUUGAAAUUUAUUUUACGAUCAAUUUUUCCUUCCCAUUGGAGACGACAGUGCAUCAAAGGUGCUUUUUGGACUAGACCCGGUGGGAAAUCGCAACCUUCGCUUCAGGGAGACUAAUGUGAUUAAACUGUAGUCAUACCCAGCUGCACACGGGUACUGGGUGUCAAUCUCAGUCGAACGAAGACCGGAAGGCGGGUUCAUAAAAAGAAAAGCCCCUCUCGCGGGAAAAAAAAUAAUUCAGUGUCAGUCCGUCAGCUGCAGUGUCUUUUAACAAACGUUGGAAAAGUGAAAACUUUGAAAACAGAAAGUGACAGAGUCGUCUAUCUGCAGUGUUGUAGUGUUUCAAUCGCAGCCCCCUCGAGCGCGGAGAGCACGGAUUGAGCGAACCAGCCAGGUCACAGCCUACAUGGAGUGAUGAAGGCAUGCUCCUCCUCCUUUUCAAGAUUUGAAGCGGAUAAUUAUUGAAGAUCUGAGCUAAUUCGCCUUUAAUCGGUCCUUAAGCGAAAUCAUCUUUUCUUCACCAGACAAACAAAAAACAAUUCGGAGACCGUGCUCCCGAUCUUAGAUCCCGAGCCGCAUAAAUCAUUAGCAUGAGAUCCUACCGGCAAAUGGUGCACCGACGACCACAAGGGACCAUAUUUUACAACCAGCCCAACAAUAACCACAUGGUCUGAAAAAGCGGCCCGACCACGGAAAUUGAGAAGAGAAGCUACUGUUUUUUGUGCAUUGUAUUUUUUUAAAUUUUUAUCCCGGAAUAGCCCGAGUGUAAAUAGUUGAAGGCAUAAGCAAAUCACGGCACGAAUGAAGAAUAAGUUCAUUCGAGUUGGUUUUUAUCUAUGUUACCGCAAUCAUUGCUCUUGUUGAAAGUUUGUCCGUGUUGUAAAUAAUCUGUGUUGUUUUGUCGAACGUGAUUUCCAACCGGGAAGUUUCGCACCAGUGCUAGUCUACAGCGAGUGAUUUUUUUAUUGCAUUUGAUACGUUUCCUACCCACCAGAGAAGCAUAAGUGAGAAAGUGAAUCGAGAAAAUUGUUGGAAAAAGUUGUUUGCAAGUCUGAAUAAGAAAAUUUACUCCGUUCGAAGCAAACGAAUUCACAAUUUGACGCGCCUGUGACAUCAACUGAAUUUCGGAGGAUAAAUAUAAGUACCAUUUGAAUAACUCAACGAAAACCCCGAAUCAAAAUGGAAACCGAGGAAAUUAUCAAGCUAGUCGACGGGAUCUAUAAGAACAUCCUCGAGAAGUUCAACCCCGGAGCGCGGCAGCUGAUUAGUGCCGGCAAGGCGUACCUGAAAGCCCUACAUGGAGCAUCGGCAGCGUCCAAUCUGUUCAAUGAAGCCCUGGCCAAAAUAGCCGUCAAUGCCCAGCAAGGAGGCACCAUCGAUAUCGGUUCCGCCCUGAUGAACAUCGUCGGAGUCUACAAAGAAAUCCAGGACCAGCACAUGAACAUUCUUAAAGCCUUCUACGUAGACCUGCUGGUGCCGCUGGAGACCAAUCUGGAAAAGGACACCAAGGUGGUCCAGUUCGAGCAGAAGAAAUUUCUCCAGCAGCAUAAGCUCCGGUCGGAUAGCUACAGCAAAGCAGCAACCACAAUGAAGAAAUAUCGGAAGAAGAGCUCCAAGACCACACCUAAAGACGCUGAGAAGGAGAUCAAGAGUAUUCAGAACUUUGAAGAAGAGAAACACAAAUUGGACCAAUUUUGUGAGCAAAGCUUAAAGAAUGCCAUGACCCAAGAGCGCAGGCGAUACGGAUUUGUAUUGGAACGGCAGUGCUCACUUGCGAAACACUGGAUGGCCUAUCACCACUCGGGACACUUGAUCAUUGAGAAGUCGCUGGACAACUGGAAUGAAGUAGCCGCAACCCGUGAAUUUCUGCCACCAAACGUUGAAAACAUGUUCACCACCAAACAGAUGAAGGACAUCGAUGAUGAUGACGACGAUGCACAUUCGAUUGCUUCCCAGUUACGAAAGACCCGAUCAAUAGAUGCUUCAUGCUUAGAUAUGAGGUCGCUGGGAGAUGUUGUGAACAGUUCCAUGAUGCACAUGCCACGUGCCAAAUCGGAGUUCAAUUUGAACAAUAGCAGCAACACCAGUACUUUGGUUGGGGCAAUGAGCAGUGGCCCUAGACACUCGAUCAACGUUGCGGUCAUGUCCAACAGUGAGUCGAGCCAGUGGGAUCGACCGACUGUCAAAGCUCUGUAUGCGUAUUUGUCUUCGGGUGAGAACCAGUUGAGUUUCUUGGAGGGCGAUAAGAUCGCUCUAGUCGGUGACCGAGCCAAGGGUUGGCAGUUUGGAGAGAACUUGCGGACGCAGAAAUUCGGAUGGUUCCCGAUAGCGUACACGGAGAAUGAACGUGAGGAAAAAGAGAGCAUCAGCGAAUGGGUCAAGGCUCCACCAAGUGAAAUCGAAAUCGAAAACACCCCUGAUUCAUCACUGGAGAGCACCCUGGUAGAUGACACCAUGCAGUCAUCGAAGCCAAACAACUCAAAUUCAUAUCACGAUGAGGCUUCGCCUACACGUAUGUUUGGCGACACCAUUCAGUACAGGCAAUCGAAGCAGUUCCGUCGGCUGUCUCGUGGAGAUAAACCGCCGAAGCCGGGACCUCCACCGCAGCUUCCUGCGCCCGUUCCGACACCGGUAGUGCCUAACUAUAGCAAACCACAGGGGGUGCCCCAGUCCAAUAGUUUCUCCUCGGCUGGCGGACCACCGAUGGUCGAAAAACGAAAGACACCGUCAGCCACGAUGAACUUCAACAAACCGCAACAGUCGGCCAAUAAGCCGAAGGUUUCCCGCAAUGGGAUUGCCAGUGCCUCGCUGCACAGCAGCAACGACAGCGGUUUCUCAAACGAGCUGCAACAGCAACAGGAACCGGAACUCUAUUCAGAUGACGAAACGGUGCACCGUGUCCCGAUCAGAUCGUCCCGUUCGGAGAAGAACCUAUCGUCGCCCCGAUCAACUGAUCGGGAAUUAAGCGAGCAUCGCUCGCCACACCCCCGGUACGGUGGUCCAGACGAUGACGAUGAAGAUAUCUACGGUACGAUCGUCCCGCCUCGUCGCCAGAAUCAACGAAUGCGUCAGGCCAACAGCUUUGGCAACAUUGCUGAAAGCAACUCCGGAACACUGGAGUAUGGAUACCGCUCACGCACCCGGAUGUCCGAGGGUAAUGCGAACCAGAGCGACUCUCAAAAGAUCAAGCGAACCAAGUCGUUCUGGAAGUUCUCCAAAUCACAGGACCACAUCAUGGAGGGAAUGGCUAUGUGGAAGCAUAAUGACGUGAUUCCAACCAGUCGGGAGAAACGUGAGAUGGAGAAGAAGGAAGCAACGUUGAAGAGAAACAUGCGCAAAAAGGAACAGAUGGAGAAGCAAAAGCAGCGAGAAAUGGUUAUGGCGAAGGAAGCCGAGGAAGCUCGCAAAAAAGAAAUGGUCAGAAACGUGGAGAGUAGCACGUUGGUGAGGAAUCGCGAAAGAGAGCGUGAAAAGGAGCGGGAGCGGGAAUGGGAACGAGAGAGAGAAAGGGAACUGGAAAGGGAAUAUCGUGAGCGGGAGCAGGAAAGAGAAAUGCAGCAGAGAUCCCACAGUAACGCAAUGGUGCCGGAUCCAGCCAAGUUCCCUAUCACCAAAUCGGAUAUAGAUAAAAGAAUUUCAAAACUGGAUGAGAUGAAUCAGCAACAGCAUCAGCAGCAGCAACAGCAACAACAACAACAGCAGCAGAAAAAAAUGAGUCAGUCUAAGCAGGACAGAGAACGGCAUGAUCGACAGGACCGACAAGAAAGAAUGGAAAGACAAGACCGACAAGAAAGGAUUGAAAGACAUGACCGGCAAGAAAGAAACGAACGACAGGAUCGCCAUGAGAGGCAGGACAGGCAUGACAAAGAUCGACGAACACAGGAUUCGGAUCGCAAACCAGCAAAAUCCAACAAGAAUGAUUCUAAUAAUAAUCGAAACAGCUAUAACGACCGCCUGGACCAGGAUGAGCAAAUCUACGGAGACUCUAUGCAAGCUAAGGGAAAGGACAAAUAUCGUACCACGGAACGGGAGAGUAGUAAAAAUCGGAACAACGAUGCUCUAAACAAGUACUAUCAGGAUCAACACUUUGAUGAUUUUGCAAUGAUUCCGAGUGAUUCGAUAAUGAUUCAAGAUACCAGUUUCUACGACGACGAUGGCAUGAUGGACGAUAUGAUGUUGAUGAAGACGGUUCGCCGUAAGGAAAUUUUGAAGCAAUACUACUCGAGCGGAACCGAUACAGAGAGAAACUCAUCGAGCUCAGAUCCGUACGAUUGUAUCGUAGUGGAUGACCACUUAGUAUCGGCUGCAGAUAUGAUGAUGCGGAAGAAUCGGGAGAGAAUGCGUGAAGGUAGAAAGUCCAAUGGGGAUACAAAUCGCAGCGAUUCUAAGAAGCAGCAGAAACAAGAGGAAAAGAUGACCUUUUCGACAUUCCGUGGAACAGCGGUCGGGGACGACGAUGGAAUGAUGAUGGAGGAUGAGAUGAUCGAGGAAUCGUCGAGGGAACGCCGUUCGAAGUUAUCGAAAAGUAACAGUAGCGGACCGAUGAUGGAUUCGAUGAAGUACGAAUCCGAACAGGAAUCGAGAAUCAGUGCCAAGGUUAACGCCAAUGGAAAUCAGAAGCGCAAGUCGACGAAAUCUUCCGUUUCGGACGGCAAAGCCUAUGGUCCGUGGUACGAUCUGUGGGGAUCGGAACCUAACAUGCAAAGUCAGAAGUAAUCAUUACUUCAAGUUCUGAAAUGCCAAUAGUAUCAAAACACAAGCACAAUUCCCAAUCACGCUUUAAGCAUCUCUCUUACACACACACAUGCACACAAGCACACACACUCACGUUCACAUAACCCGAGGUUUGUCAUUCUUUAUCGCUGGCGUAAAGAUUGAAGUUAAUCCCAUCACAGCAAUAGCAAAAGUAAUAGCUUUUCUUCGCAGUCGCAAAAGCAGGACAACGGUGAUUCAAUGAAUCGUACAAAGCAGCUUCAUACAAAAGACUUGGACGCAGACCUACAGAAAAGUGAAUAUCAGCCUGAAUUUUGGAAAAUCAAAGGAAUGCUCAAUUUACACACAUACUAGGUUUAUUCUUUACCAUUUAAUUAUUAAGUAACAUUGUAACUGUAUUGAAAUUUUAUUUGCUAUUCCAUAUUGAAAAGGGAGAUUUUAAUUGAACAAUAACUCAAAAAUAUAAACGAUUUGUAACUUAAGAAUUUUAGCUUAGAAUAAUCGAUUAAAAAUCGAUCAGCGAAGUUUUGGUGCUCAAAAAUAUUCUUAAACAUAUCUAAUUAUCAAAGUCAAUGGUUAAGCUGGUUGAGGACUAUUUCUUCUUUAUAAUCUCCGUAACGUUCCAUAGUACUUUAACCAACGACUCAUAUUUUACCCACUUUAUCCAAAGUACCACUAACCAUUAUUAGAGUUUUUCUGUUUAUUGCUAAACCAUAGAGCACAAAACAGCAUCAUGAGUUGAGAAUGCUGAACACAUACUCUAGUUUUCAUCCGUAUUGAUUUGUAGUCAGUAUUUUUAGGAUGGACAUUCGAACGGGUUUUACCCGCCAAAAAAAUUAAAUUACAAACCAAGCUAGUUUUACCAGUACCACCCUAGAAACAUUAACGAUAGUUAAUUAGAACAUAAGUCAACGUACAUUGUAGCAUAAACAUAUAUUCUAAGAAAAAAAAAACAAACGUAAUGUGCCAAUUUUGAAAAAAGAAACAACGAUAAUCAUCAACCUCUGGUAUGUGAAUACAGUCCACAGUCGCAAGCUUUCGAUCGAUCAUGUGAAUAGUGGUGACCAACAGCAGCCUGCUGUUAGGCAACCCAAUGCACGUUGAAUCGAUAUAGUCGAACGAUCGACGCGACGAUCAGACGCAGACGAGUGCGUGGUGAGUUGGUGGGAAAGAUUUCAGCAAAGCUGUCGAUAGGCAAAAACGCUCGUCUUGUUACACAGAGUUACGCUAGUUAUUUCGGUAGCUGUUAUUUUUUUAUUGACAUGUUCUUAGAUAGUGAAAUAAUGUUUUCUAGUUUUUUUUAAUAAGUUGAAUAGAUCUAUGACGUAUUUGUAUGUACGUAGUGUCUAGUUGUUAGAUUUCUGUUAAGAGUUUAUGUUAUUUUUUACUCUGUUUAAUUUAUGUAUCUUUUCUGUAACAAACAUUAGAUUAUAUUUGAAAUUAUAUUAAUAAAUGUUAUUUUAAUCAAAUGA